CUGUACUCUUCCUGAAUGCGUCUGUUUGAAGACAAUUUGAUUAAUUACUGCGUUUGCAUAAGAGUAGCACAUGUUGUUAUGAGGCAAGCUAUGUGCCGGCUUUAACUUCUUUUGGUCUACCAAUUUUUGCGUAGUUGGAUAUUAAUUUUGUUAGACAGGUACAAUGUUGCAGAAGAGAUUUUGUGUCACUGUCUUGCUCCUUCUAUUGGUGGUCAGAUGUGUAACACAGGAUGCAACUCAGAAUAAAGACUGUGUUUGUGGACACCCUGGAAUACCAGGGGACCCUGGACAUAAUGGCACACCUGGCAGAGACGGCCGUGAUGGACUCAGAGGUGACAAAGGUGAUCCAGGUCAAGUUGGCCCUAUUGGAGCAGCAGGCUUUAAUGGCCAAAAGGGGGACAAAGGGGAAUCUGGUGCAGUUGGCCCAGUGGGACUCAAAGGAAAAAGGGGAGAAAAUGGAGAACGGGGACCUCCAGGGAAAAUGGGGCCCCAAGGAGUCCAAGGACCCACUGGCCUGAAAGGAAAUACGGGAGAUUUUGGGCCACCUGGACCCCAAGGACCUAAAGGUGAUGUUGGACCUCUUGGACCAGAGGGUCCCAAGGGGGAAAUUGGCCUUAGAGGUGACAGAGGUAUUCAGGGACCACUGGGGCCCCCUGGCAGGCCAGGCCUUAAGGGGGAAAUUGGUGUUCCAGGUCACAAAGGCAACAUUGGUUAUCGUGGGGAAAGAGGGACUCGAGGAGAGAAAGGUGAUAAGGGUGAGAAGGGAGAUGCCGUUGUUAUCUCAAAGAGUGCCUUCUCUGUGGGCCUCACAGCACAGAGUAAACUCCCAGCACCUAAUGCACCCAUCCGCUUUGACAAGAUCAUUUACAAUUCACAGAAUCACUAUGAUCCACAAACAGGGAGAUUCACGUGCUCCGCAGCUGGAGCGUAUUUCUUCACCUACCACAUCACUGUGUUCUCCAGAAACGUGAAGGUUGCUCUGGUGAAGAAUGGUGCAAGGAUCAUUCACACUACGGAUAACUACCAGAGCAGCGAGGAUCAGGCAGCAGGGGGCACUGUGCUGCACCUGGACGUGGGGGACAAGGUGUGGCUGCAGGUGACUGGAGGAGAGCUAUACAAUGGGCUCUUUGCUGAUGAAGAUGAUGACACUACAUUCUCUGGCUUCUUGAUCUUUGGGGCUUAAAUGAGCCAGAAUUUCUUCGUGAUUGCCGGUGAACGUUUUUAAAAAAUAUCAAUCAGUCAUAAGAUAUCAGCCUGCCUCUAAACUGUAGUUCUUUAGCUGACUCUGUAAUGACUUGUGCAAUGUAACUAAGUACAUUCACUUAACGACUGUACUUAAGCUCAAAUUUGAGGUACUUUACUUGAGCAUUUCCUUUUUAUGCUACUUUAAUGCUUCUUCUCACAUCAUACUUUUUACUCCACUGCAUUAUUUGAAUUCUGUGACUUUGCUGAUGAAGAUUUUACAUACAAAACCCAUGGCAGGCUUACCAAAUACAAAUUUUUGUUACAGAUCAACUACCCAGGAAUAUAAAAUAAUUAACAUAUAUCUUAUAAAUGUGUGAAUCAAUGAUGAUAACACAAUAAAUUGAUCGACAUUAAUGCAAACCUUGGGCAAACUAGGGCAAUGUCCAUGCAUUGUGGGUACUUUUCUUUUUUGAUAAUAUGUACAGUUGCUGAUAAUACUAACAUACUUUUAUUUAGGCCAGAUUUGUGGGACUUUUACGCUACUGUGUUAAACUUGUGCAUCAGUGAUAAUAACCCAAUAAUGUGAUAUAUAGACACUAAUACAACACUCAGAGGAACAAUUUCUCUGCAUAAUAAGUAUUUUUCUUUAAUGAUAAUAAGUAUAUUUUACUGAUAAUACUAAACAUACUUUUACUGAAGCCAAAUUUGCAGGACUUUUAUACUGUUUUAUUAAACGUGUGCAUCAGUAAUUAUAACCCAGUGACAUAAUAUAGGCACUAAUACAACUCUCAGUGGAGCCAUUUCUAUGCAUUAUAAGUGUUUU